AUGGUGGACAUGGUGAAUGACAUUCUUUUACAGGCCGUCCUAAUUCUCGUCGUCGUCUUCAUGUUUCUUCUGAUGUACAAUGUUCCCCAAAAAGCCCUAUCGAAGAUCAGCUUCGGAAGCCGAACCAACCUCCAAGCCAAGCGCCACUUCGUCCAAGGCGCUCAGCUCCUCGAGAAAGCCAGAUCCGCCAAGGACGGCGUCGCCGCCUCUUCCCUGGCCAAAUCCGCCGCCGAGGAAGCCGAUAAAGCGGUCGGACUCAAUCCGAAGGACGCCGCAGCUCACAUCCUCAAAGCGCUAGCUCUGGAGCUCCAGGGCUACAAGACCUCGGCCCUCGAUGCGCUCGACGUGGCUCUCUCGCCGAUGGCCGUUAAGUCGCUGUCCGAUGAGGAGAGAGGGGACGCGUUGUUCAAGAGGGCGGAGCUGAAAGUGGCGAUGAGUCGGACAGAAAGAGUUGACUCGGCGAUUGCGGACCUGGUUGACUCGGUGAAGUUCAGGACUGAUAAUCCGAGAGCGUUUUUUGUUUCGGGUCAGUGUUACGAGACCAAAGGUAUGACGGUGGAGGCCAAGAAGGCCUAUGAGGACGCUCUUAGGGUCCAGCCCAUGUUCACCGUGGCCCAAGAGGCACUGGACCGUUUGGGUUCAUAG